UAUAAAAAGCAAAGGGGGCGGCGGUGAGAGAGCACACAGAGAGGGAGACCGCGGGGAGCGUAAGACCGCUCCCAGGGCAUCGCAGCGUCGGUGGUAGCAGUUGGCUGCUGCUGGGUUGUGAACUGGAGAACAACGCUUCGGGGCGACUGUGCGUGCGUGCGUUGGGGAGCUCGGCUGGCCUCAGACCUCAAAGAUCGCGUCUGGGACGCGGUUCCUGAUCCCCCAUUACAGUGCCCGCUAACAUUGAAAAGGAGGACUUAAUGUCCUGCAAAGGUUGAGAAGUAAAGGUUAGGGAAGGAAAAGAGGAGAAAAAAGCAACUGAGGCCGAAGAAGAAACUAGUGUGGACUUCCUGAGCAGUUAAGAGGAGGAUUGGACCGCGGAGAACCGGGCGGGACCUCGGAGGUGCGGGGCAAGGAGCAAGGGAAGCGGUGCGGUCCGCGGGACUGGGUCUUCUUGCACCUCAGGUCACGCCUCCUUGGCGAGAAGGCGCCUUGCCUUUGAUUGCUUCCAGUUACUGCAGAACUUCCUGCCCUGGCGGAGAAGCGGGUCUUGCUUGGGUCGCGCUCGCUCCUGGUCUGAGGCGUGAGACUGAGUUCACACGGUGCUGGGCCCCCAAAGCCAAGUGGAGUUGGGGGAACAGAGUCUGCGAGCCCCAUCGCCCCAAGUGAGGGGCCCCGUGUUGGGGGUCCUUCGUGCUUUUGCAUCCGCACCCCUGCGGGCUUUGCUCCUCCCCGGGGACCCCUCGCCCGGAGAUGGCCGUGUUGAUGCGGGGCAAGGACUCGUCCCGCUGCCUGCUCCUACUGGCUGCGGUGCUGAUGGUGGAGAGUUCACAGUUCGGCAGCUCUCGGGCCAAACUCAACUCCAUCAAGUCCUCUCUGGGAGGGGAGACGCCUGCCCAGGCCGCCAAUCGAUCUGCGGGCACAUACCAAGGACUGGCUUUCGGCGGCAGUAAGAAGGGCAAAAACCUGGGGCAGGCCUACCCUUGCAGCAGUGAUAAGGAAUGUGAAGUUGGGAGAUACUGCCACAGUCCCCACCAAGGAUCGUCAGCCUGCAUGGUGUGUCGAAGGAAAAAGAAGCGCUGUCACAGAGAUGGCAUGUGUUGUCCUGGGACCCGCUGCAAUAAUGGCAUCUGUAUCCCGGUCACUGAGAGCAUCUUAACCCCUCACAUCCCAGCUCUGGACGGCACUCGGCACAGAGAUCGAAACCACGGUCAUUACUCAAACCACGACUUGGGAUGGCAGAAUCUAGGAAGACCACACACUAAGAUGUCACAUAUAAAAGGGCAUGAAGGAGACCCCUGCCUGCGAUCCUCAGACUGCAUUGAAGGGUUUUGCUGUGCUCGUCACUUCUGGACCAAAAUCUGCAAACCAGUGCUUCAUCAGGGAGAAGUCUGUACCAAGCAACGCAAGAAGGGCUCUCAUGGGCUGGAAAUUUUCCAGCGGUGUGACUGUGCAAAAGGCCUGUCUUGUAAAGUAUGGAAAGAUGCCACCUACUCUUCCAAAGCCAGACUCCACGUGUGUCAGAAGAUAUGAGCACCUCUGAGGAAACGCAGCAUAGCAGACUGUGAAUCAGUGUAUUUAAUGCAUUAGAGCAUGGUGGAAAAUAGGAUUUGGAUUUCAGAAACAGGGCUAAAAUGAGGAAUGUGAUAAGAAUAUAGAUCACAGAAAGAGAAUGGAGCAGAUUAGAAAGCUGUAGUACAAUCAGUGUGUUUCCAUCAUGCAGCUUGUUUAUGUAAAUAAUGUACACAUUUGUGAAAAUGCUAUUACUGGGGGAAAAAAGGCAGAGUGAAAUUACUGACAAAUACCAUGUAACCUUCCAAGAGUUUUCCCGAAGGAUCAGUUUCCUUCAGAUUGGUAAUUGCCUAUAAAAAUAACCUAAAAAAAUUUCUAUUUAAAGGUAUUUAACAAAAUAUUCCCUGGCAUACAAACAAUAGACUCUAAAAUAUGUUAAAUAGGAAGUGAAAGGCUGGAGCAGAGUUAAUUUGCACUACUUCUACUGCUCAAAGACCUUGGUAGACGAGAAAAAAAGCAGUCAAUACCCCCAAAUUAAAAAUCAUCACAGGUCUUUUGUCACGGCCUUCAGAAAAAAAGACUUGUUUUUCCUCACACUGCUUACAUUUUUCCAAAAUUUAAUUUCACUUAUAAUUAAUAAGAACGAGUCUUAUCAAUCAGACCAAAAGAGUUCAUUCAGAUUCUAAAGUGUUUAAAUUGCAUCUCUGUUGGUUAUAUGACUCCUGCUUUUAUUUUCCAAAUUAUUGUGAACAGCACAGAGCAGAAUUUUCAGAUUGCGAAGAUUUUAAGAUGUCCACGAUACGUGGUAAAUAAAGCCACCAGAUCAUAUUUUUUUUUAAGCUUUGGUAUGUCCUAUGCUUGCUAGAAUUGGACCUUUAUUCUAUUCUUUACAUGCUCUGCAGUAUAGGAGGGUAAAGCUGAUACAAGAGACUUGAGCUACAUCUGCCCUGCAGGGAAAUGGAGAAAACUCAAGUGUCGAGGUUUUGGCAACGCACAGCUCAAAUGUCUGAAGGACAAACUGACUUUUCAUAUCUGAAGCCCAAGGCCACACAACCUAAAUGGAAGUUCUUCCAUGGGAUCUGCUUUCACUGUAUUUACUACGCAGGUGAGUUCAGCCUGAGGUCACUACUUGACCUCAAAAUAUUUAUUUUAUAUUUUUGAGGUCCUAAAAUCUCAACAUGAGGAGGUCUCAUGAAACGGACUCCAAGGCAGGCGGGAUAAAGGCUUCAUCGCCCUCGGUAAGCUUCUAACUGGCAGAUGACACCACCUGAUUCUUCUGCACUGACCUCUCUCUGUAAGAGCUGUUUUUUGCCAAAGAUACAGUUUCUGUUUUUUGCAGUCAUUGAGAUUAAAAAACAUAGACGGAAUAACCUAGAAAACCUACAUUUUGCUAAUCUAUAGAAACCACAGGUUCUAAAUUUGAAUCCAUUUUAUUACUUUUUUUACUUUUACUCAGUUCUAAAUAUUAUGUCUACAGCAUAAUGCAAAAAAAGUUAUCUUAUAGUUGUUACUGUUGACCUUUUCUUUUAUAGACUGCAAGUCACUCCUUAAUUGUCUUUUACUUAAAUCCCAUUUGCAGUCUCAAAUUCAAGUUCUCCCAGUAGAAAUUGAACCUGAGCCUGCAUGUCUAUUAAGAAUUUCAGCUUCCCACACACAUUUACUAGUAUGAUUAAGAUUUACAUUUUCCCCACAUGUCUGCUAAAACAAAAAUUAUUAGACAAUCUAUCCAAGAACCAAAGUCUGUACAGAUUUCUCUGAGCUUGGCAACAUGAAAAUGGAACAUUUCAGUCAAACAUUUCCUAUGUAGCAAUUACAUUUACAGUCUGGUUUCUGCAUUAUUUCCCUUACGUACAUCCCUUCAAAAAUUAUUAUUUGAAGUAAUUUAUUUACAGGAAAUGUUAAUGAGAUGUAUUUUCUUAUAGAGAUAUUUCUUACAGAAAGCUUUGUAGCAGAAUAUAUUUGCAGCUAUUGACUUUGUAAUUUAGGGGAGAUGUAUAAUAAGAUAAAAUAUAUUAAAUUUUUCUCCUCCAAAAAUGGAAUUCAAGUUUCCUUGUGUUUUG